UCAGUAUAUUGCCAGCAGUAUAUUUCCUUGGCGCCCAAUGUGCGGGCACACUGAGCUACACGUGCAUUGAUGUGAUUUAAUUUUGCUGGUAAAAUAACCCACGAAAAGUGGUUAAAAAAGAAACUGCUGCCCACAGACAGUGCUGAAGCACCAAGGAUUACGAGAGCAUCGAGUGCUCGACUGCAAGAUCAUGAAUUUCGACGACGAGGACCGUUUGGAGCUGCAGUUUCUGACUGGCGGUAACAUUGUGGAACAUGCGCCUGUAUUCUCGCCCGAUGGAAGAUUUAUGUUCGUGCGGUGUCUGACAAAAGUGCAGGUCUAUGCCACCAGUACGGGCGAACUUACCCGAGUCCUGGAUGAUGCCACGGCGCCGCUGAUCAGUUUGGAAUUGGAUCUGAAGCAGCCAGAUCUGCUGAUAGGGUGUACGAGUACCGGAGAGCUGGUCCGUUGGAACUGGCGAGCUGGUGUGCUGAAAAAAACUGUGCCCUUGACGCUGGGUCCUGGAAAUACUAUUUUAACCUGCCACCUUAUGGAUCUCUACAAAGGUGGCGACACAGCCUGCGCCUUUGUCACCGCGAAGGGGAAGGCUGGUGAACAGGUCAAAUGGUUUGUUGUUAACACGAGCACGGGUGAAAAGAUCGAUGUCAACUGCGGAUUAAAGCUGAAGCUUCGCGUUCCGCUCGUAGACGUGGGAAAAGGACAGUUCAAGUACAUUAUACUGGCUCAGGGCUUCUACAUAUAUUUCGUCAACUAUGAGACCUGGACAUUUUGCCGUUACAAGAGCGCCAAGCAACAUACUAUUACCUGUGUGAAGAUGAGUCCCUGCGAAAUGGUGGCAGCAACCGCCGAUUCCGAGGGGCAGAUCUUUGUGUGGCGGGAUUUCGAGAAGAAAGACUCGAUGACCAACACGCUAUUUCACUGGCAUCACACGGAGGUAACCAGUCUAGCCUUUUCGCCAUCUGGCGUGAGCAUCUACAGUGGUGGUCAUGAGUGCGUUCUGGUCAAGUGGACUGUGGCCUCGCCUGGCUAUCGCACGUAUCUGCCCAGAAUUUCCAGUGUGAUCCGUCACAUUGUGGUCAGCAAUGACAACGAGAAUGUAUUGGUUUGCACAGAGGACAAUGCCAUUCAGCUGAUUAGUGGCAGUGAUAGCAUAAUUAAAUCCACUGUUCAGCAUUUUACAUACGAGACCAAGGAUAAGACAGGACAAAGUAAGUUUCCUUUGGGACUACGUUUAAAUCCGAGGACCAAUACUCUGGUACUGAAUGGCCGAUCAGGACAUUUACAGUUUUAUUCGGCUUACACCAAGAGUUUGCUGUACAAUCUUCGCGUGGUGGAUACUAAUGUUCAUAAUGAGGAGGCAAAUCACAUUAUCUACAAUACGCGUAUUACACGAGCAGCUUUUAAUAUCAAUUGGAUGGCUACCGGAGAGGUGUACAAUGAUCUCGUGAACUUGGCGGAAGUCCGCUUGAAAUUCUGGAAUUAUAAUGAAAGGCUACAGAGUUACAUUCUGAAUACGGAAAUUGAACUACCACAUGAAAAUGGUUUUAAGGCAAUAAUCUUUUCGAAUCAGUUCCAAGUGGAUAAUUUGCGUUGUGCCACCGCUGGCGAAGACAACGUGGUUAAAGUAUGGGGCAUUACGGAUUCAGAAAACAUUUAUAAGCGCGGAACGAUGUGGAGUUGCCUGGCGCAGACUAGUUAUCGAAACCUUCCGAUUGGUUCCUUGUGUUUUUCCCAGGAUGGUUCUCUGUUGGCCGUGGGUUAUGGCAACACUUUGGUACUCUAUGAUGCAAGGAAUCCACGGCUUCCCCUCCAAACCCUCAGUUGUCCUCCCGGCCUAGAUGGUGUUAUAUCCAAAGCUCAACUGAGAUUGGCCCAAACUCCACUUAAUGGUGCGAGGAAAGAAUUUACCCAGCAAAGGCAGCAGUUGUGGACUCUGUUAAAGACUCUGCUAAAUAGUAAUGAUGAAAAUUUAAUACAGCAGGCAAAGGAUUUGAUAGUAGGUCCUCCUGUCAAAGCCAAGCUUGUGAGUCAACCAGACAAUACCACCAAGGAGACGGUAUUUAAGUACAUAAUGAAAAUGCCGGAACUCGGCUUGCAUCAAAAAUUGCAACUGCUGCGUCGCUUUGGAGUUGAAUGUUCUGUCCCAUUGGCUCAUCGGCAAAGGUUGUUGCAGCAUCUCCAGCAAAGAGCUGUGAUUCCACAAGCCACGAAGGUGAGGCUUCGCAAAUUGGAGUUCCGACUGCAUCGCCUGCACACGCGACAUCGCUACAAAGCUAAGCAGCGACUUAGUCAUGUGAACAAUCGUCGGCAGAAAUUCGAGAACCUGGUGCCACAAGAUGUUAUGAACCUGUUCAGUGUCCUAAAGCUGGAUGAGAGUAGUAAGCCGAAAAAUGAAAAAACGGGCAAAUUUAAGCUGAAUGACAGCAGUAAAACCAACAUUAAAGCCAAGAAAAUCCCUGCUAGCGCGGCUCCCUUGCAGGGGCUGGCGCAGAUUUCACAUGUGCAAUUCGGAGCCGGGGAUCAGGCUCAUCUGGUGGCGGUGUGCACUGAAUCUAGGGUGCUCAUAUGGAAUUUGCUAACGCUGCGAUUGCAGGCGGGCUUAAAACUAUCCGUUAGUCAGCUGGCCUUUGAUCCGCUCACCAACUUAAUGGCUGUAAUUACUAAAAACGAUGAGUUGCAUGUGUUUCAGCCAAAUGUUCCGCUGCCCCUCUAUCAGCGCAGUAAUCUACCCAAAACACAUGGUUUGGCCUGGUUGCCCAGGAGACAGCCCAGGCAGAGCUCUAUUAAUAUCGACUGGCAGGCGCAGUCAACGCUGCUAAUGCUGACCCACUCGCAGGAGAUCGCGUACCUGGCGCUACCGGGUCAGAGUCCAUCGGAUGAUGCGCCUACACCGAUCAGUUUUUCUCAGCCCGCCGCCACAGACAUUAUUUUGAAGCACGCGACUUUCGGAAUCCAUGUGAUCAAGCCGCAGCAGGCUUCAGGUGAAACCUUGGAGAAAAACGGACCACUGAUCGUGGGACGGGAAGAACACAGUGCCGUUAACGCGUUUGUCAAUCUUUCCGCCCACACGAUGCCUGCCAUGAGCCUGAUUUGUGGCGAAUUCGUGAAAUCGCUGCUUAUUCCGGCGGACUCUACCUCGAGGCACUCAUCAUCUGCCGCGAGUGAUGCCGCCUUGACCAAUGGGGUAACCGUCAAUGGCAAUGGAGUGGGGCACCGGGACAGUGAUGGGGAGCACGAGGACGAGGAGCUGGGUGAGGAGGCAAGGAGCACGCUGGACACCCGGAAAACGCUACUGGAGCAAAAUGAAAAGCUGGUGGACCUGCCGCUUGAGGGAGAAACUGACCCGCAGGGCCUUGAUAAUCGAUUAAGGACCAUCACGGCGCUAAGGACGAAACUGAGGAUUUGAACAUAUGCGGUAUUGAAUAUUCAUAAUUUAAAGAAAACGCCGGCGUGGUAUCAAACCAGCAUGAGACAGCACAUUGUAGAUUUCCAUGCGAGGAAUUUUUUCAGCCUGGCGGUCAUAAACCUAAAGGAAAAUGAGGAGGAUAUUUUAAGGAGAAUCAGAAUAAGCUAAUCACAUUUGACACUCACCACCUCCUCGCCGGGUCCAAACCAACUGGAUCUGGCCAGGGCAUCCCUCACCCUUGGGGUAUUGUAGAAAGGGUUCUGGAACUGCUGCGGAAGUGUCUUUUCCCAGGCGGCAUUCUCCACCACGGCAAUGUGCUGCAGAUUCCUCUGGGGUCUGGCUUCGAUCGUUGCGGAUAGACCCACCAUCGUCACAAUGAAAGCUGACCAGAUGAAGCGACCGGGCAGAAGGCACCUUGAAUGGGAGGAGAAGAUCACGCCUCGUUGAGUUCGGCUGACUGACGGAUUGCACUUGCUCGGCUUAAGGUACUAUCACGAUGAUCAUUACAUAAUUGUGCCGUGCAUAUAAUAUUACACGUUUCCGCCUGUCACGCACACACACGCAUAGCCCCCCAUCCACAGUCCCGCAUCCAGUCCACGCCUAAAUGACCGCUUUUCACUCUCUGGAGCGGGACAACUUGUUGGCCAAGUCAGCUGACGGGGCUUUACACAUAUCACAGUCAUACGCCCGUACGACGGACCAAUAAUCUGUGUAGGCAAUCAAUUUGUGUGGCUCCGUAAAGCGCUAUUUUAUACACUUUAUGUACAGUCGCAUUAUGCAGAUGUUUUGUUUUUGAAUGUGGUAUUAAUAAUAUAUGUAGUAUCAAUGAGUGUGUAGUAUCUGUGUACGCAAAGUCUUUUAUUAGAUUAAUUUUCUAAAAAGCCAUUCAUAAUUUAAUAGAUUUUCUAAUAUUUCUCUGGCGGCCACGAGUACUGGCUCCACUGGGAGUUUCUAUUUGUCUGCCGUGGCAAAACUCAGUUGUCAUGUGUCUGCCAUUUCCUAGAUGUCGCGUGCUGCGGGGAGAAAAACUAUGCCGCAGAAAUACUUGCAUUUUCCAGCGUCAUGGCUGCAAAAAGAUCCCUGAUCUUUGCUUUUAAUUGGAUAACCGGCAGUGGCGACCGCCGCCGCUCGUUUCUGGCCGAUUAUGUAAGUUUGGACUUGAUAUUGCCACUUGCGGCACAAGCGCUUUCGCAGUUGGCUAAACUAAAAGUCCGGCUUACAUGGCCGCCCUUCGGCCAAGCUGCAAACUCAUGGCUUGUCGGUGGUUCAUGGCACUUGGCAAGGCGAAGAGAUCGCCAAAGCCUGGCUUGAUAAUGAGAAUUUUAUUAAUUGUGGUUUAUGGGUAUACGAUUUUAUGAUGCAACUCAAAGUUGGGUUGCCUUCCCAGCGUUCGAAAGAAUUUUCAAAAAAAUGCACAAAGGAUUCAAGGAUAAUUUCUUCAUUCGGGUAGGGAACAGAGAAAAUGCUUGCCUUCCUUGGGUUAAUUUUCAAAUUCAUUUGAGUUCUUAAGGAAAGUCUCAUUAGGAAUAGCCUUCUUUACGGAAAUAACACCACCCUGUUCUUUUCGACCCAGCCAUUUCAGUUCAGUGAGCCACCCUCCUGGGGAUCCCCCUAUUUCAGCGCCCCUGCGAGCACACCCAAGUGAUGUCCCCUGACUUGUUGGCUGCACUUCGGCUGCGGUUGCUAUCCAAGCCGUUUUACCGGCCAUCUUAUGCAAUUCUGGCGUUUUGCGAAUGCGAAAAGAGCGCAGCCUUCCCAGUAGCAGUCCAAAAUGUGUUGGCAUUUUCAGGUUUUCGUGGUUAUUUUGUAUACCAAGCUGGGACCCCGGCUACUGACUUGCGAUCUGCAACUACGAGGCUUGUUGUUGGGUCUGAUUAGGUCAAUGGAAUCCAAUUGGCGUCAGCGCCGCUUCGCUGCAGUUUUCGCUUUUCACAGCCAUAUGUAUGUAUACGAUAUAUACAGAUAUAGAUGUAGUGCGCACCUCCCUCCAUUCCAUUCCAGCAUUCCCAAUUUGGGUCAUGUGGUUAAUUGACAAAGAUUGACGUAUUGUGUAUCAUUGUUGUGCCACAACGUCCACAAAUUUGUUUAUACUAUUUUGCAUACGAUGAGGAAAUAUGCUCCACGCAUCUGGUAGAAUUCUCUUGGAGCUUACUUAUUCAGUGGGAUCAAGAAACCGGGUCUCAGAAAUAGGUUAAGUUAAUGGGUGAAAGGUCACAGGAACCUUGAUGCGAAACUGGUGCUGGGACCCAAGAAAUGGGACACAUGAUCAAAGCCAUGUUCCAUGGACGCUCAUCUCAUUACAAGUUAGCCGGCAACUGAAGCAAGUAGUAGUUAAUUUUCGAAAGUGUGAACUUUUUAUGCCGCUUCAAGGUUGCCAUCGCCGAGGAUGGUGUUUCCCUAGUUUAUGUCCACUUCGUUUUCCCAUUAUGUUUUUAAUUAAACCUCUUGUACUACAUGUCGUUCCUCGUAAUAUUUCGAAAAGGGUUUUGCCAAUAAAGUCACUAGUUUAGAGUGCCUUACCAAGAUAAAGACGUACUUACCCAUCUUUAUUGGUUAGUUUUGUAAAAUUACUGCUUAUGGACUGUACAAAAUCAGUCGAAUAUAUGAUAGUUAAAUGAUAUUGGUAUUCAAUGAAGCCCAGUUACUAAUUUCAUAACAAUCGAUACUAAAAAUACUGUGUCAGGUUUUGAGAUCACGUAUGCACAGCCAAAACGCAACUCCCCUUUCUGCCCCUCGACACAUCCACGCCUCCCAACUGCCACGCCCCCUUGCAACGUAUGUGGUCAAUAUUGAUAUGCGCUCGUUGUGGAUCAUAUUUAUUAGCCAAAUGGCGUAAGUGGGUUAGACAUUUGGCAUUUGUUUUGGGUCUUCGCGCGGGUUAAUUGAAGGCACUACACAGCAUGACAAUCGUAACAGUUUUUUGGGCAUUGCAUUAUUGUUAUUAUUAUUUUAAGGUUUAUUAUUAUGGCUGGUCUUCAUGAAUUCGGUUUGGUUUUUAGCAACGCUUUUUUCUUGGGCAUUUUUGUGCAUUUGUUAAAAAAACGUGACCGUUAAACUAAAUUAUGUGUUGAGUACUCCCGUCUUUGGGUAUUUUUUACAUUUUAUGCUUGUCAGUCAUUGUUGUAGUUGCUUUUGCUCUUGUGAUAGGUCAAGUUGUUUAUGUGUUUUUUUUUUGCUUAUAAUUUCUGUUGGGCUGCGGACAGUUUGUGUCAGUUUUCUUGCCCCUUUGGGUGACAAGCACAUCAAAUUUUUAAAUAAUGAUGCGGUAAAAUUAUGAAAUAUUUUUUAAGAUCUCAAAAUUAUGUAAAUAGCUUUUCCGUGUGAUACAGUCCAAUUGCAGGAAAGAAUAAUGCAAAAAAUAUUUGAUGUAACUUUUGUUUAUUUUUUUAUCACAUUGAUACACUAUAAAGAACACAUUUAAUGGAAUAGACCAUAUUUAUCCAAUUAAACAAGCACCGAGUUUAACUCACAUUUUGUAAGUUUGUUAAAAUUCAAUUAAUUAAUUAAAUAAAUUUUGAUUCGAAGGAUCUAGAGCCCGUUGUGAUAUUCGAAGAGCCGAAAAGACACUUGUUGACUUGAACGCGGCCAAUUGGCAACUGAAUUUGAAUUCGAGUUAACCAACAAUCAGAGACUGGCCGAAGCCGCAGAUCGUCUGGCAGGUUUUGGACACAACUUGAAAGUUUUUGAAACUGAAAAUGAGAGGCCAAACGAAAACGAAACGGAAACUCAACGAAGCAUGGGAAAAAGCUAAGUAAGCAGGGGUUGAGGGAUUCGCUUUCAAAUAGUGUAGGCCUAUAAUUAAAGUUUUGAAAAUAAAUAACUGUUUAGUUAAACAUGAAAA